UGUUGGAUGAUAGUAUUCAAGAGGUGCGUGCAAUAUGCAUCCUGUAUGCUUGCUGAUUGGUUCACGAUCUUCGCGCGACAGCGCUACGUCGCCCCGUAAAUCAGGGGCGUACAUACCAUAUGCAAGAAGUCAGUAGGCGAGUACGGAGUUGGGCUCACGGCUCGCUGAUGUUGAUUUCUGGGGUGCUUCGCUCAUCAUGGGCAACGUAACGUUCCAAGGUUGUAUGCACGCUGUAAUGUGCGUACUAAUAGUGAGCUUGGAGUUUGCUGGUUCAACUGGAGUGCUCCUAUCAAUGGCAAAUUGAGUGCAGAGGGCGAUAUCAUCAGGUGGGCCUGUGUAUGGAGGUGAAACUGUGCCUCCCUUCCCGUCCUGCGUCUUUGAUUCGGACUACAUCAGCGCCCGCGCACCAAUCAUGCCGGGACGGAACCGCCGGCCGUACUUCUACGCUGAAGCAGGAGAGCUGCUGCAAAACGGUGAGCAUCGACAUUGCAUUGCGAUGCACGUGAGGACGGGGUCCUCUCCCAACCAGGCGCACAGCAAGGCAGCGGAGGCUGGGCUGCUUUCCGUGGCAGGGCAGCCGACGUUCCAUGCGGAUUCCGGGGUACGGUUCAAUGCCUCCGGACAGCCUUCCGGGUCGGGCGGUGGACAUGACGAACACACGCCUGUGGACGUCCCUCCGUCGUAUUCGGAAAGUUGAAGGGGCGGCUCGAUAUUUGCAUUAUCUAUGUUUGCUUUAUCCGGCAUCAUUGCAUUCUUGAACGGUCUCUGUGCCGUGUCCUCGCUUGAUACCUUAUUGCGCCUGUACUUCGAGUCAGGCGUGGGUUCGAGCGAGUGCGAAAGUACAGCGACCUCGUUUCGGAUCCAUUCAGGUACCUUAUCACUUGUAGUCUAUUCUCAAUCGAGCUGCUCAAGACGUACUGGGGCGCAUCGUCAGACAGUUGAACUGAGUCGUCAUCCCCGCGACUGCUGCCUCACCCGAGUGUACUGCAUUCUUCAACUGGCGCUCUACCGCCGGGCGUAUCCCACGCGAUACAAAGUCGAACCAUUGCCGAUACUCCCGCCCGAAUAGCCCUAUAUGGGACUGCGUAUGAAUGUCGGGCGCACAGCCGAAGUGACGGCGCCCGCUGCAGUUCGGGCCUCCAUAUAGGGUGCUCGGAGGGAGUGCCUCCGG